AUGCAGUGUGCAGGCGAUGGUCGAAAAUGGGGUCAGUCCCCAGUCGAUGUCGACGAAAGCAGUGCCAUCGGAAUAAAGUUUCCUGCACUUAUUAUGAGUGGUCACUGGAGUCAGGAUGGCGAAGCUAAAAUGCGAAAUACUGGCAGCACAGUUCGCAUAACACUGGAGGGAAAUAGGAGUCCGGCAACGAUUCGCGGCGGUCCAUUGGGGAAUGACGUAUACGAACUAUCAGAAGUGGUAUUUCGAUGGGGUCCAACCAACUGUAAGGGCGCAGAGCAUACACUGAAUGGCACUUGGUUCACAAUGGAAGCACAAGCGAUACAUUUCAAUAAAAGAUACGAGAAUAUUGAGAACUGUUGGGACAAACCUGACGGUUUGGCGAUUUGUGCGUAUUUUCUACAGGCUUAUCAAGUUCCAACCUGGGACGAGCAUCCCCUGUUCUCCAAAAUCUCCGACGAUUUGCACAAAAUUACUCAACCUGAUUCGUCCACAAAAUUACCACCAAAUUGUUUGUGUUGGAUGAGGCAGGCUUGUCAAACGCCUGGUUACUAUACCUAUUUAGGCUCAACCACAACCUUUCCAUUCCACGAAUGCGUCACAUGGAUUGUUUUCCCAGAACCUGUCCGAAUUUCCGAAAACCAGGCAGAAUCAUUUCGAAUGUUGUGCAACAAGCGAGAAAUGUGUUUGAAAGAAAAUUAUCGAGAAGUGCAGAAUUUAAACGGUCGAGUAGUUUAUUACGUCAACUAA